AAACAAGUCUCCCUUCUUCGUCUUGGAGGAGAUUUUUGUGUGUAUAUUUUAUAGCCUUCGCAGUCGCAGGUCGUUUACCACUUGGGGAUUCGAUCCAUUUUGAUUUGCCUUUUCUCUCUUUUCAUCAGUCUUCUUCAGAAAGAGAGCCGUGAAAUCCCCCCCAGUCCAAAAGGCAGAACACAGAGAAACUGAAAAGCAGCUGGACGUCAUCAUCCUCGACUUCCACCCUCAAUUCCCCUCUCCUUUUUGUCUGCUUUUCAGAUCAAAUCAUCCUGGAUUGUGUAAAUUUUUGUGUUAGAUGCGCGGAAUUAGCUGAUGAUAAGGCUUUGGGUACCAUUCUGCUAGUACAGGACUUGGCGCCUUUUGAAAUUAUGCAUGUCUGGCCCUGUGGCCACAGUUGACGGCGUUGAAGGGGCACAUUCUUUAUCAGACAGGACAUUAUCUCUUAAUGGCUCGUCGCUUGGUGAAAGUAAUCGCUCAUUAAAAUUGGCAAAUGGGGAAGUUUCUCAUACAACUUCUGAGAACCCUUCCUUUACGGUUGGAGAGCUCUUACUGCCAAAUGGAGAAUCAUACGGACCUGGCAAGUACACAUGGGCUAAUGGAAAUGUGUACUUGGGGAAUCUUAAAGGAGGAAAUAUGUCAGGGAAAGGAACUCUAACCUGGACCAAUGGGGACUCUUAUGAGGGAAACUGGUUGAAUGGUAUGAUGCAUGGGUUUGGGAUAUACACAUGGAGUGAUGGAGGCUGCUAUAUUGGGACCUGGACUCGAGGUCUGAAGGAUGGAAAAGGAGCAUUUUAUCCAAAAGGCGGUAGACUUCCUGCUGGUCAGGAAAUGUACCUUAAUGCUUUAAGAAAACGAGGGUUGCUUCCAGAUUUAAGUAAACAAAACCAGGUUUCACAUAUUCACCAUACUUCUUCUGUUGAUCUGGGGGUAGUCAAAGUUGGUGGGAACCAAGGAUCUUGUCGGAAUUCAUCUUAUAAAUCUGCCAAUGGAAACCUGCUGAAUCUAGAGCAGUCUCGCUCCACAAAUGUUUCUUUGGAAAGACGUUGGAGCCUUGAGGUGGCAAUUGAGAAAGUUAUUGGUUAUGAUUUUUCUCUGGAUGGCAGAGAAUAUGAGGAUGAUAGAAAUUCUCCGAUCUUGGAACGAGAAUACAUGCAAGGUGUCUUAAUCAGUGAACUUGUAAUUAAUGACAGCUUUUCACCAUCAUCCAAAAGAGUGCGAAGGCGACAAAAGAAACUUGCAAGGGAGAUGAAGAGAGUGGGUGAAACAAUAAUUAAAGGGCACAGGAGCUAUGAUCUAAUGCUUAGUCUGCAGCUUGGCAUCAGAUAUACAGUGGGAAAGAUUACGCCCAUUCAAAGACGAGAAGUGCGAGCUUCUGAUUUUGGCACCCGUGCCAGCUUCUGGAUGAAUUUUCCAAAGGUGGGGUCACAGUUGACACCACCGCACCAGUCAGAGGAUUUCAAGUGGAAAGAUUAUUGUCCAAUGGUAUUCAGGAAUCUGAGGGAGAUGUUUAAGAUUGAUGCUGCAGACUAUAUGAUGUCCAUUUGUGGAAAUGAUGCCCUUCGGGAACUUUCUUCUCCUGGGAAAAGUGGUAGUGUGUUUUUCCUCUCUCAAGAUGAUCGUUUUAUGAUUAAGACAUUACGGAAGUCAGAAGUGAAGGUGCUUCUGAGGAUGCUCCCAUCCUAUCAUCACCAUGUGCAAAAAUAUGAGAACACACUGAUCACCAAGUUUUUUGGCCUUCACAGGAUAAAGCCUUCUAGUGGUCAAAAGUUUCGCUUUGUUGUAAUGGGGAAUAUGUUUUGCACAGAGCUCAGGAUCCAUAGAAGGUUUGAUCUAAAAGGUUCUUCAUUGGGACGUUCAGCAGACAAGGUUGAAAUUGAUGAGAACACAAUACUUAAAGAUCUGGACUUGAACUAUUGCUUUUUUUUAGAACCUUCAUGGCGUGAAUCCCUUCUGACGCAGAUUGAAAUUGAUAGCAAAUUUCUGGAAUCACAGCACAUAAUGGAUUAUAGCCUUUUGCUGGGGGUUCACUACCGAGCUCCUCAACACCUAAGAUCUCUCAUGUCGACCAGCAGACGGAUGACGGCAGAUGGACUGGAAAUUGUUGCAGAAGAAGAGGCUAUGGAGGACGAAAUAUCUCCACAAGGCCUCAUACUGGUCCCUCGUGGUGGUGAUGACAAUGGUGUUGUCGUGGGUUCCCAUAUUAGAGGUAGCAGAUUACGGACAUCGUCUGCAACUGGCAAUGAGGAAGUGGAUCUUCUCCUUCCCGGUACAGCAAGCAGACUCCAGAUCCAGCUUGGAGUUAAUAUGCCUGCAAGAGCAGAGCAUACUCCGGGAAAUGAUGAUAACCAGAUAUUUCACGAGGCUUAUGAUGUUGUUUUGUAUCUGGGCAUCAUUGACAUAUUACAAGAGUACAACAUAACCAAGAAGAUAGAACAUGCAUACAAGUCUAUCCAGUUUGAUUCCAUUUCCAUAUCUGCCGUGGAUCCUACUUUCUAUUCCCAGAGGUUCCUGGAAUUUAUUCAGAAGGUGUUCCCUCCAAAUACAGUAGCAAAUUAGAAAAUUUAGGCCCGGAAUUGGUCUUUUCCUGCUGGUGGAAUUGGUCCUCUCAUUGCCUUGACAACAUGAUACAGCGCAAACAAUAGUGGAACGUUUUGAAGUCUAGCUCUUUCCUUGUUUGCGAUUUUUCCAAUCUGUGGUUGUUGAUUGCUUGAAGAUUACGUCCAGUGCUGUAUGUAUUUAGAAUUUAUUCCCACGGUGAUACAUCUCUUGUUCAAUGAAAAAUGCUUCUCUUGACAAAUCUGUUCUACA